AUGCGCGUAUCCCCCUGGACAUCCUUUACGUCUGAAGCGUCCACUUCAGAAAAGACCUCAGCGCCAAAGCCUGCGAGUCGCUCUUCAUUCGGCCACUUCCGCUCCCUCUCCUCCAUCACCACGACCAAAUCCUCGAGUCCCACCCGCCCCUCUCCGUUAGGCCACGGCCGUUCGCCUUCGACCUCUCAGCUACCCGACUUUACCUUCCCCUUAAGGUCCUCUCCAACCUCGGUCUCUCCCGCCUCCCCCAUACCCUCGCCCGAUGAGGAUUCCGACCUGAGCACCCUGCCUGACCCACGCAUACGCGCAAUGAGCCCGCUUGCGAACUGUGACGGAUCCGUCGUGAGCGAUGGCGAGAAUGAGUCCCACGAUGAAGUCACCACACUCAGUAACAAGCUCAUUCGCGCCAUCAACCACCAAACCAUUCUAGACAAUAAUCUCGGCGAGGCCCGCCGUGAUCUGGAAGUCGCCCGUGACCGCAUCCGUCAACUUGAGGAGCUAACAGAAUCCCAGCGCGAGAUGCUCGCCGGGGAUGUUGUCGAGGAGAGGAAGGCCAAGGAGGAGGUUGAGGAGGAGAAACGUAAGAUUGAGCGCGAGCUCGAGAACUUAACUACCGCCUUGUUUGAGGAGGCCAAUAAAAUGGUUGUCGCCGCCAAGGAGGACGCUCAAAAGCAGCAGGAAACCAUGGAGAAGAAAAAUGAACAGCUUCGUGCCCAGAUUGCUGACACGGAGAGCCUACUCCGCUCCCAACAAGAGCAACUCGCAGAACUCAAACUCGUCAUGGAGCAGAUGACAGCCGACCACGAUGACCAGACCAACCUAACGGCCCCCUCCUCCCCCGGCUUCAGCAGGUUUGACUCCAAGGAUCAGGAAGGCCGCCUGCGCGACGGUCUCUUUGCCUCAUCGCCCUUUGUCGAGCCCGUAUCUCCAGCCUACCCCACCAGCUUUGUUCACCUUAUUCAACCAGUACUACGUACAGACUUGGCUGCCUUUGAAGACUUCAAGCUCCUCAGCCAUGCAAGCAAGCAUAAUCGCUCCGCCAGUCGCGCUUCCGCCUCGUCUCUGAGUGGCAUCAACGUCAUGAACCUUGGCCUAGGGCACAUUGCCUCGGGCGGCUCUAUUCCCUCCCCCACCAGGAGCGGCACCCAUUCAUCUUCACCUUCGGCCUCCUCCCUCACCGGAGGCGGUCCGCUCGCCCAUUCGCCGUCGUCAACAGCCAUCUCUCCCAAGGGCUCCCAAGCCCCAACCCCGACUGCCACCCCCGUCUCGGUCGGCUCGCUCAAGGACGCCAAAUUUUACAAACGCGCUCUUGUCGAGGAUAUCGAACCCACCCUACGCCUCGACACCGCCCCGGGCCUCUCGUGGCUUGCCCGCCGCAGCGUCAUCACCGCUAUGACCGAGGGUACCCUCGUCGUUGAACCUGCCCCUGCCUCCCCGCUCGUGCCAUCGGCGCCGUCUCCCCAGCAUGUCGCCUGCUCCCUGUGCGGCGAGUCGCGCAAGGAUACCGAACACCUCAGGACCCACCGCUUUCGCACGAGCGAAUCCGACUCUGCUCAGCGGUACCCACUAUGCGCGUACUGCCUAGGCCGUGUGCGCUCCACCUGCGACUUCCUUGGAUUCCUGAGGAUUCUCAAAGACGGCCUUUGGAGGACCGACGACGCAGACGCGGAAAAGGCAGCCUGGGAAGAGGCUGUGCGCCUGCGCGAACAAAUGUUCUGGGCCCGCGUCGGCGGAGGCGUCGUCCCCGCCAACCAACUCAUUGCGCCAUCUUCCUCCCUUCCAGUCUCAGCUUCGGCGUCAGCGACCAACGUUGUUGUCGUUGAUGGCGACAAGACGCCUCCGCAGGACCCCACUAAUGAUGGGGCGGAGGACCACGCAGAAAGCCAACAACCAAAACGAGCGGAGACGGCCGUCGCUGGUAGAGAUGGAGAGGACGACGAGGUCACCGGCGAGGUAGUCACUCCGAGCCCGAGCCCGAGAAACUCUACUCAACCCGCUAAAGGCCUGGCCAUCAGCGUGACGAGUCCGGGCACCACAAAUGUCUCUGAGGUACUCGCCGCCAUAAAGAGCUAA